AUGUGCGGAAUAAUAGCUACGCUUCUCGCUGAUAAUAAUGCUUCGGCUAGUUACGAAAUUCUCGAAGCAUUACAUCUUUUGCAGCAUAGGGGCCAGGAUGCUGCUGGUAUUGUAACGUGUGGACAUAAGGGUAGAAUGUAUCAACGUAAAAGUAAUGGAAUGAUUCGUGAUGUGAUCGAACAAGAACAUAUGGAAUAUCUCGUUGGUUCCAUCGGUGUUGGUCAUGUUCGAUACCCAACAGCCGGGUCAUCAUCUCACUCUGAAGCGCAACCGUUCUACGUCAAUAGUCCAUACGGAAUAGCUCUUGCUCACAAUGGCAAUCUUGUGAACGCGGAGGCGUUAAAAGUCUUUUUGGAUCAGGAAGCGCAUCGACACAUCAACACUGAUUCGGAUUCCGAGAUAUUACUAAACAUAUUUGCCAACAAUCUCCAGCAGACCGGCAAAGUCAGAAUCAACGAACAAGACAUAUUCACAGCAAUAACAGGCCUUCACGAACAGUGCAUUGGGGGAUAUGCGUGCGUUGUCAUGAUAGCUGGCAUCCGACCUAUCUGCUUUGGAAGGAGAAAAGGCCCUAAAGGAUGGGAUUACAUGAUCGCCUCUGAGAGUGUUGCUUUGUCUGCCAACGGAUUUGCCGAUAUAGAAGACAUCAAACCUGGCGAAGCCGUGAUUAUCACUAAGCAAGCGGUUAGUCGAGAACAAGUAACGCCUAUAAGAGAAUACGCGCCUUGUAUAUUCGAGUUUGUAUACUUUGCACGUCCUGAUUCUGUAAUCGACGGCAUCUCUGUGUAUCGAUCACGUCUGUCGAUGGGGGAAUAUUUGGCCAAACAAGUCCAAAGAAAAUUCAAUGGUACUAUGGACAUUGAAGUAGUUAUUCCAGUGCCGGAUACAAGCCGUGUAGCCGCGCUUCAGCUCGCUCAUGAAUUGCAAAUUGUUUAUCGUGAAGGGUUCGUCAAAAAUCGUUAUGUUGGGCGCACGUUCAUAAUGCCUGGACAGCAGAUGAGAAAAAAGAGCGUGCGGAGGAAAUUGAAUGCCAUGGCUUUGGAAUUUGCAAACAAGAAUGUCCUACUUGUUGAUGAUUCAAUCGUUAGAGGAACCACUUCGAAGGAGAUUGUUCAAAUGGCAAGAGAUGCAGGUGCCAAGAAGGUGUAUUUUGCCUCAUGCUCACCCGCUAUUAGAUACCCCAAUGUAUACGGUAUUGAUAUGCCAUCACGCCGAGAACUUGUUGCACAUGGAAAGAGCGACGAGGAAAUUGCACAGGAGAUUGGCGCAGAUGAAAAACUUGAAGAUCUAAUCGCUUCCUGUAGAGAACAUAAUGCGGAUAUCAAAACCUUCGACUGUUCAGUGUUUGACGGACGAUAUAUAACUGAUUCUGUCACUCCUGAAUAUCUUGAAAAUUUGGAACGUGUAAGAAAUGAUAAAGCAAAGGGUAUCAGGGAAAUACAAGAUAGUCUCGAGGCAAUAGGAUUGCACAACGCUUGUAAUGGAAGUAAAAUAAAAGGUACGAGCGAUUAA